CCGGCANCCUCCCUGCCGCCGCGGCCCCCCGGGCCGCUGCCCCGAUGCGCUGCGCCGGGAGCUGGGACCGAGUCGCCGCUGCAGCUGCAGGGGCGCCCGGGCUGGGUGACGCCACCGCCGCCCGCGCCCCUCCCAGACCCCGCCGGCCGCAUGGAGCCCCCGGAGGGCGCCGGCCCGGGAGAAAUAGUUAAGGAGGUUCAGGUGCCACAAGCAGCCCUGGGCACCCUGGUCCAUGGGACAGGGGACAGCUGCCACUCACCCACAGCAGAGGAGGAGGGGGGCAUCCCAAUACCAGCCCCGGGGCUCCUGCAGGUCACAGAGAGGAGGCAGCCCCUGAGCAGCGUCUCCUCCCUGGAGGUACACUUUGACCUCCUGGACCUCACCGAGCUGACCGACAUGUCUGACCAGGAGCUGGCCGAGGUCUUUGCUGACUCAGACGAUGAGAGCCUGGCCGGUGAAUCGCCAGCAGGCCUGCACCCACUGCCCCGAGCCGGCUGUCUGCGCUCCCCCUCCUGGACACGAACCAGGGCUGAGCAGAACCGAGAGAAGCAACCGCUUGGGGACCCAGAGCACCAGCCAGCAAUUGUGGACACAUUUCUCACCGUGGAGAGGCCCAAGGAGGACUAGGCCAGCCGGCCCUGGGGCCAAGGCAGUGCAAAUCUGGACUGUUCCGACCCGACGGACACUCUGCCCACCCCAUGUGGCUCUGGGCCAGGUUCUCGGGGCACCCCAGCACAAGCACAGCCCAGUGGCCUUAUGCCCGCUCCUUUCCAAUCCGUGGAUCAGGGACGACAGCGCGGAAGGAUGAGGUGGGAGUGGCCUAGGCCUCUUGGAAACUUCUGUCUGCAGGACUGGUGCUCUCAUCUGCCACAAGAUUCCUGAGUGGGUGCGGGGUGAAGGGGACCUAAGCCGGAGAGCGCUUCUCUGCAAAACCCCCAAGGGUCUCAGGGUUCUGGUCUGGGAAAGGCCACACCGCGCUCUGGCCCAUGGGAUGCUCUGCUCUCCAGCCAAGAAUGUGGGGAGGGGAGUCCGUUAUGAACACCACCACCUUCCUUUCAGUCCCAUCCUCUUCUUACCACCCAGGGAGCACUGCUGGCACCAGGGCCACCUCCCCAGGCCCUAAGACCCUGCUUGUUUUAGUGUGUGUGAGACAGCCGGGCCCACUGUCCUCCACACAGAACACCAAA